CUGCCCGCGCAGUUGUCGUGUCAGUGAGCCAGUCGCGAUGGUUCAGUGACGGUUGAAGAUCGCAGUUAAAGCUAAGUGCAGACAUGAGUCAGAAGGAAGUCUUGAACUUGGAUUCGGUUCUGCUGGAGCUGGGUCAGUUCGGCCGCUACCAGAUCCGAACCUAUUGUUUCAUCCUGGUGCCAAUACUGUUCAGUGCGAUUUACAACGCCCAGUAUAUCUUCGCAGCUGCCGAUUUGGACUACCGAUGCAAGGUGCCAGAAUGUGAGUCGUCUCCGCCCCAGUUUGAGACUGACGUCUGGGGGAGCUGGGCUCUGCCCGACGGCGCAGGCCAGUGCGAGCGUUACGUGCCGAUCUCCAGCACCUGCUCAGCUGACUCCUUCCACCCAACUGACAAAAAGAGAUGCACCAGUUGGGUCUAUCAAAACGAAGACACUAUUGUUGCUACAUUCGAUCUUGCGUGUGAAGAAUGGAAGCGCACCCUGGUGGGGACACUCCACAGUGUCGGGAUAUUCUUUGCACUCCCCCUUACUGCCUACAUAUCGGACAGCUUUGGUCGGCGAGUUGCGUUCAUCUUGACGGCUGUGGCGCCGGCUGUCGUGGGGCUGGCCAGGUCUUUCUCCACCUCCUACAUUAUGUACAUCAUACUCGAAACCCUUGAGGCCAUCGUGGGCUCAGGAGUCUACAGCUCCGGUUUCAUUCUAGCUUUGGAAAUGGUCGGAAUCAACCGUCGAGUGCUUGGCGGUAAUAUUAUCUCAUGCACUUUCGCAGUUGGCCAGGCUAUCCUAGCUUUGGUCGCCUGGGGAAUUCCGGAAUGGAGGACACUUACCAGAGUCCUUUAUGCGCCAUCGUUCAUAUUUCUAUUGUAUUACUUCGUAAUUGAGGAGAGUGUCCGAUGGCUGCUCAGCAAAGGGCGGAAGGCUGAGGCGGCAAAGAUAAUAUUCAAAGCUGCUGCAGUAAAUAAAAAAAAACUCUCACCUGAAACAAUCAGGCAGCUCACAGAUGAGACAGUACAAGUGGAAGAGCUGAAUUCAACGUCAGCUGCUGAAGGAAAAAAGGAAUCUGUCUUCUGGCAAGUAAUAAAGUCAAAAGUGCUGGUGUCAAGGCUGUUCAUAUGUUCUUUUUGGUGGAUAACAGUGACAUUUAUAUACUAUGGACUGUCAAUAAACUCGGUGUCUUUGGGAGGCAAUAGAUACGUGAACUACAUCCUGACUGCGCUGGUCGAGAUACCUGGAUAUGGUCUGAGUGUGCUGACUUUGGAUCGAUUCGGGAGGAAAGGAUCUAUCAUGACAGCAUUCUUCGUUUGCUCCGUAUCCUUAUUCGGACUACCGUUCAUACCAUCUGAUUAUCAAUGGCUCCAGACGAGCCUUAACUUGCUCGGCAAGCUGUGUAUCAGCAUGGCGUUUAGCAGCAUCUAUAUUUACACGUCGGAGCUGUACCCCACGUCCGUGCGACAUUCGAUGGUGGCCAUGUGCUCGAUGGCAGGCAGGGUUGGUCAGGUGAUCGCACCACAGACACCGCUCCUGAUGAACUACAUGGCAUCAUUGCCGUAUCUGAUCUUCGGUGUGAUGGCAGCGAUAGCUGGUCUGCUGAUGCUGCUCACUCCAGAAACCUUGCACAUCCAGCUUCCAGAUACUGUGAAGCAGGCGGAAGCCAUAGCAGUGGCACCCCGGACUAAGAAGCGGACUGACAUUAUUGUGGACUAGACGAGAUAGACUUCACCAAAACACUCCAGGGCCGUACUAGCAUACAGCAUAUUAGUUGUAAUUAAAACUUCUUAUGCAGGCUUCCAUGAUAAUAGUUCCUAUUAAAUUUGAAAACAAAAUUUAUGAACAUUACGGGACUCGAACCCGCGACCUCUCGGGUUCCGUGCGAGCGUUCUUCUGAGCCAACCGUUCGAGUGACGUAUUAUUGAUAAAUAUUGUAAAAAAGGCAUAAAAGGCAUUUAUUUUCUCAAAAUUGAUUCCCUUAGAAUCCUUUUUGAUGUCAUUUCUAAUAUACUAGAUACUACUACCGCUUCGAAAACAAAUGGCGCUCUGAGAGAGAAGAAGCGGCGCAAGAAACUCUCCCAGCAUUCUUUUUUUGCGCUUUGCGCUGUUUGGUUUGUUCAACUCUCAGGUUGUAGCUUCAUCUACAGGAUCUACUUUACAGCGGUAAGCUGCUCAACCCCAAUGUUAGCAUAUUAGGAAAUUAAUGUAAGAUGUCGCUUUUUCCAAUCUAAACAACUUGUAAUUUUUUAAAGGUAUAACCUUCACUUCUGGGACAAUUACACAAAUUGGUCCCAGAUCGUUCAAAAAUUUUGUUUACAAAUUUAAUUUAUGUAUUUGUGAGGAUAAACACUUUACAAAAUAACAAACUGAAUAGUUCGUUUAUUAUAAUUUCAGAAUGAAUAUCCCUUGAAACUCUUCAUAAUGUUAUAAUUUUAAUUAAAAUGAAGUGAAUCCAUCACUGUAUUGAUAUGCCUUAGAUGUAAACCUUGUUUUUAUAUCGAAAUGACCUGCACUUUGGUUCCAUUAAAGGCAUAAAAGGCAUUUAUUUACUCAAAUUGAUUAAUUUAGAAUUCUUUUUGAUGUCAUUUCUAAUAUACUAGACACUACUACCGCUUCGGAAACAAAAGGCGCUCUGAGAAAGAAGAAGCCGCGCAAGAAACUCUCCCAGCAUACCUUUUUGAACUGUUCUGUGUGUGUUGUACUUUUACCUAGUCAUUUAUAAUAAUGAAAUCGUGUCCGGGUAAAUAUUAUGCAGAAUUAUAUUAUGAAAAUAUAGGUAAUUCCGCCUAUAACGUGUGGUGGUUACGUGUUUUAAGAAACGACGUUAUAGGGGUGUUCCCGUAUAACGCGUUAUAUCACCUCGUAGUUUGUAAUAACAAUAAUUAUUAAUCACAAUUCGUAACAAGUAUUUCCUAUUGUUUGCCUAAUUUUACUAUUUUAUAAGGGUUUUAAAUCCAUAAAAUUAAUUAAUAGUUUAAUUUUGUAAUAACACAAUUGACACAAGUGCAAAGCUACGCGAAGCUAAUUAUGAAAUGUAUAUGUGGGAAAUCCCCGCGUCCGUGUUAUAUAAAUGAUUUAAAUCUCGUAAUAUGAACAUGUGUUAUAAUGACACCUCGUUAUUGGUGGGAUUACUGUAUAUGUUUUUCAUUUCUGCAUUUUGUUUUAGAGUCCGACUUCUUCUGCGUUAUAUUAUUAAUAUUAUAGAAUAAGUAGGCAAUAGUUUUAUUAAUAAUUAUUAUCGUUUAGUCAAAUGUGGUACAAAUUAUUGUUUAGAUUUACUUUCGUGUUAUGAUGAAAAUAAUUUAGUUAAGUUAUUGAUAUAUUGCACUGGUAAGGUAUAUGAAGUUAUAUGAUUAAUGAUUGCAGUAUUUUAUACCAAUUGCUCACUGAGGGAUGCCAAAAAAUGGGGUUUUUCUUUAAAAUCUUUAAAUCUUUGGGGACGGGCUGAUGUUAAAAUAAUAAUAAAAUAUUUUAUUAACUGAUAAAAAAAAGUUAGGACAAUAUAUAGUAUCUUAAACAUAAUAAAAUAAAAGUAGCUCAAACAUCAGCCGCAAAUAGACACAAGCUCAGCAUAUGCUGACACACAUAUUAUGUAUGUCCAGCGCCGAUCUUCCGCUUGAGCCAUUUUGAUUCAUUUGAGCCAUUUGAUUAAUUUGAGCCAUUUGAUUAAUUUGAGCCAUUUGAUUAAUUUGAGCCAUUUGAUUAAUUUGAGCAAUUUGUUAAUGUUAUUUGUAUUAUUUGUCAGAUAUAUAGCCUAAAAUGCCACCGCUUGAGUCUGUAGGUACGUGUUUUUGUGAUAAAACCAAUUUUAAAUGAACUUUUAGGGAGUAUGCAAUGUAUUAGCGACAGAUUGCCUAUAAAAAAUAGUAAUUGCACCAUAUUAUUCCAUUUUUCAAUUCUUAACAAAAUUUCCUUUAAAAUGACUUACAAUUUAGUAAAAAACAUACAGGUGUAAUUUAAAUCAGAAAAUAAAUUUUACUAAAAUAAUAUACAGGUAAGGUAAUAUGAAUUUUACUAAAGUACUUGCCGUCAAUUAUUUAUAGGCAUUUAGCAAUUAGUUUCAUCAAAAAAACACGUAGGUACCUACAGAAUCAAGCAGUGGGAUCUUGUACUAAUCAUGCUAAGUACUCACUAAUUAAAUUAAUUAAAUGAGAGAAAAUGUGGUGACUGAGUGAGAUAAUAGAGAACUAAAAGAGAAAUUAUUGUGGAGUUCUGAAAACUUGUUAUAGUUGUAUCUUGUAUGUUAAAGUACCGAGUCGAUUUAAUAUGAACUUCCUUGUUACUUUUUAUAGUUAUAAUGUAUUUUAAUCUUUUUUAAGGUCUGUUACAGAUAUCGAACCUACUUUUGAAACUGUGGUACCUACUUAAAGGAAAGCUCAUUCAAUUUUUGUAAUCUAAUUCUUAGUCCUAAAUACGUAUGAGUAAAAAAAGGAAGGACUCCGCCCCGUGAUAUUAUCAAGUGAAGCACCUUUAUGAUAGUAUGUGUUUUGUUACGGGGGAUACCAGAUAACACAAAUUUUGUCCCGUUAUUAGUCAAUACAUAGCCAUAUUACUUUUAACUCCGAUUUUUUUAUUUUUGACAGUCACAUUAUUUCCUAAAUUGAUUACUCUAUUUUUCGGGUAACGUUCCCGUAAAUUUUCCGGUUACACCGGAUGUUACUAUAACGCGUAGAGAAGGUUUUGUGUCCCAAAAAUCGAAUUAAUUUGUAUUAUGGAAAGAACAUAAAAUAGUAUGAUAAAAACUAUUCUAUCUGUGAAAGGUAAUUCCUUGACACUUUUAAUGUUCCCUAGCAUUGUUUUAACCCAAUUUCACAAUACACGACAGCAUUUAAAAAAUAUUUUAUUGCGAUGUAAACUGAUCUGUGACAGACGAUGGCAGAUGGCGCCUGAUCGGCUUAUGUAUUUUAAUCUUUUUUUUAAGUGUAUGCGUGGGGCUAUGUAUUUACACGUAAACUGGCUUGUUUUGAUGCUUCACUGUUACGUUAGGUGACACGGAGUCCUAAUUUUUUUACUCGUCCGUGGUCCUAAAAUAAUAAUUUGUCAUAUUACAAUUGUAGUUUUUGAGCACCAGUGAAAUUUUUGUCAUUAUUUACUGUUACUAACUUAGAUUAUUUAUAUGUCUAGAUAAGCCGUGACAGCCUUGAACUCGUCGAAAAAAGUAGCGACAAACUGCUAACGUCUAUUUUCAGGAAUGUACGCACACUAAAACAAUAGUAGAUUGUUAAUUAGGAAUUUUUUGUAGGAAUUGAUUCUUUUACCUGUGUUAAACACUUUACUUUUCAUUUCGAAUAUGAGGAAAAUAAAACUAAUUAUCUAAACCAUACAUUGCUAAUAUAUCAUAAUAUAAGUAGUACAUAUUUAAAAUUAAUUGUCAAAUUAGGACAAUUUAUGACGACUCACCGCGUAAUUGUUGCGGCUUAUUCCGCUCAAAGAAGUUUGCGCUAAGUUCACACUGGCUGUUUAGAAAGUCACAUGGCCACAGCUUUUUUUUUAAUUAGUUUUUUUUACUUAAAACUCUGCACAGCUGAAAGCAGUUCUAUUUUUGAAGUUCAUUCCGGCCCUUAGGUGGAAAGUAAUUUGCAUGAGUUUUUCCCUCUCCAUGGAGGAAAGCAGCAUUUUCCACCCAAUAAUCAGAUCAAGACAACAUUACUUUCCGAGUAUGAGAAAUGAAAAGUAACUUACGUUUCCCGAGUGAGACGUAGCUUGUCACGCACACUAAAGUAAUAAACCUGACCUGUUGUCAUAUUGAGUUGCCUUACAGCAAUAGGCUCUGUCUAGAAGUAUAUUAUAUCUAAGGUUACUAUUAUAUAGUAGGUAUAUGGAAUGCAUAUGCUAAUGGGUCGAUAUUAGGGUUUUAAACUUUAAUGAGCUAAAAAGAAAUCUGUAUCUCUUAUUGAUAAAGUAUUUACAAUUUACCGAAAUGAUGAAUGGGAUUGGGAAUUCUAUUAUGAGAAGAAAAAUGUGAAAAAUUAUGUUUUUAUUAAAAUAUAUGUGUUAUAAUAA